GCACUUUGUACAAAUUGUCGAUUUUAGAUAACUUCAAAUUUCAUUUAACUUGCCAAGCAAAUACAUUUUUUCGUUUCACAAAAUUAUUAAAGUCGCUCUUAAAACAAUGUCUCAAGCGCACUAUUCGGAUGAAGAUGAACUGCCUCAUCUGGAGUCGGUUAGCAAUGCUCUCAAAUGCGAGCAAUCGGGUCACGUUAUGGAGGCCAUACUGUUGUACGAGGAGAGCAUCUUUAAGAUGGGUCAUAUGCACAACGCGGAUCCCCACAAGCAACCACUGAGCCACAAGUAUCUCAAGAAGUAUGAAUCGCGUGCCAAACAGUUACGGGAACAGGUGAAAUCCCAUCUACAGUCAAGCAAACUGUUGACGCACAUCACCAUCGAGCGGGAUGCCCGAGGACGCAGCUAUCAGCGAUUGUUGGGCAACUAUCUGAACGAUAGUGUCAAGGAGGUGCAUGUGAAUGAGCCGCAUCUCUGCGAGCAGCAUCAAUUCAAGAAUCUGAUCAACUUUUUCGAAGUGCUAGUGAAGAACUGUCGCUAUCUGAAGUAUAUCCGACUGACGACUCGUCCGGAUCCAGUGUUAUCCAAGAAUCAGUUGCAUAUACUUCAGCAGAUACGUGCUGAUCUGGCCACUGGCAACAUUCACAUGAACUACCAGAUGGAUGAGUCGCUCAAUGAUCGCAAGAUUGUGCUCAGCUCGGGCAUUGUGAUUAAGAUCGCACGGGGAUUGCAUUACUUUGAGCCCGUUGAGGAUGUCUACGCGCUGGGCAUGUGUGACUAUGAUUUUCGCAAGUGUUUGCCCACUGAGGUGGAUAUCUGGAAGUGUCGUGCCUUUGCCAAGAUGCCCAGGGAGUCCAAUGAGCGUUUGGCAUACAAGCAACAGCCGAAGGAUUCAAUGGAUCAUGGCCAGGACAUGGCAUACUCCAGUGAUUAAAGUCGUGUACAAAGUACAAAAUUAUAGGGUAAAGUUAUAUAAAUUGGAAGCCAAUCCCUUUUGCUUUUAAAAUAUAUAU